GCAAGUAAGUUCAUGUUACUAUAGAGCAAAACUUAUGUUUUCAGGGGAGAAGGUGGUGAAUAACUGGACAAGAUUUGUAUUGAUCAUAUGGAUUUUUGUGGUGCUAAUCAUAUCACAGAGUUACACUGCUAGCUUAGCCUCAAUUUUGACUGUAAAGCGGUUGCAGCCUACAUUUGUUGAUGUCAAAGAGAUUAGAAAGAAUGGUUACUUUGUAGGGCACCAGAAGAAUUCUUUUGUGAAAGACUUCCUCGUAAAACAAUUGAACUUCAGUGACACCGUGUUGAGGGAAUAUAGCACUCCAGAAGAGUAUCAUGAUGCAUUGUCUAAUGGAAUCUACAAUGAUGGUGUAGCUGCUAUCUUUGCUGAAAUUCCCUACAUCAAACGCUUUCUAGCAAAGUAUUGCUCCAAAUUCCAAAUGGUAGGACCAACCUACAAAACCGAUGGAUUUGGCUUUGCAUUUCCCCUUGGAUCCCCAUUGGUCCCUUACAUUUCAAGGGCAAUCUUGAAAGUCACACAAGAUAAAGAUAAAAUGGAAGAAAUUGAACGAAGGAACUUUGGUGGCGAAGCCACGUGCUUAGAUCAAGCUGCCAUGCUAACCUCUGGUGGUCUUGGUUUAUCCAGCUUCGGAGGCCUCUUCAUCAUCACAGGAGUUGCUUCCAUGUCUGCACUUCUGAUAUAUGUCACGAAGUUCCUUUACAUUCAUUGGCCUGCUUCGAACACCAUGGAUCGAGAAAGAUCCUUUUACUCGAGAGUUCUUGAAUUGGCAAAACAUUUUGACAAGGCAGAUCCAUCAGCUCAUCAUCUUAAUAGAGCUGAGUCAAGAGUUCACCCUGUACCAAGUGCUGAAAUAGUUGGAGCUUCACCUCAUAUCGAUGAUGCACGUGGCCAUUCAAGGACUUCCAGUGAAGGAUCUGGAGACAUCAUUGGAGAUCAAGCGCAUGACAAUCAUACCCCAAGGAGCAGUGCUGCAAACCCCGAACCCCCACACACACCGUAGGCACUGCAUCCUUUGUUUUUAGGGAAGUCAUAAUACUAAUUUCCACUGACAGUAGUGGGCUUCAGCUGGUGCUAAUAGUUACAUUCACUGGCUACAGAUUGGAGAGAUGUUCAUGGUGAUGUUAUUUAAUUAGGAACAAAAAUUCUAUGUAGCUAAUGAAGCACCAAGA